AUGGAGAGGGGUGAGGAUUUGCAAAAUGGUUUGGUGGGAGUUGGUGGAAACUCAGAGCUUGGAGAGAAAGCUUUAGGGAUUGGUGCUCAAGAUGAUGAGGCAGAAUGGGAAACCGUUAAACCCAUUUCCUCAAAUCGGAGUAAGGGGAAGCAAACAAAGGAGGUGGAGGAGGUGGUUUUAUUUUCGAGAUUUGAUUCUCUGUUAGAGAAUGAGGAUCAAGAUGGGGGAGAGGAGGUUGCAGAAUCGAGAGAAGGGGAAGAAGUGUUGGAGAAGGAGGUUGAAAAAGAAGAGGUUUCAGUGCAGAACUUGCUUCUGUCGAGCAAGGAAAAAUCACGAAAAGCUGGGGAAAAAGGUGUAGUUCGGAUCUCACUCUCACGAGAAUCCAAAUCGUCACACAAGUUUGUACAGCAGGCAGUAAAACCGAGCACUCAGACUUCUCCAGGGAACAGUUCGGUUAGAGUUACUCCGGUUUUUAAAAGCAGUCAGCUUAUUACUGUCUUGGUGAAGUUGCAAGGUAUGGAUGAGGAGUUUCUUUGCUCCUUUGUGUAUGGCUCGAAUUUGUUGGAAGAACGUAAGAUGCUGUGGGAGGAUCUUUGUUCUCAUUUUGAUUCGCCAAUAUAUAGAAGAUUGAGGUGGAUGAUCCUGGGCGAUUAUAAUGAAAUACUGUCAAGGGAAGAACAUGGGCAUUCGACAACUAACUCGAUCAAUUCAAGUGGAAUGAUGGAUUUUCAGAAUCUUGUACGAGAUGGGGUGUUAUGCGAUUUGGGGUAUCAUGGGCCUCUCUAUACUUGGUGCAACAAGAGGACUGAUGGUUUAGUUUGCAAAAAGUUGGAUCGUUUGCUGGAUUUGAAUCUUAGUAACCCAUCGGAGAAUGCUCAGAAGGAGGAGAAUGAUGCUUUCCAUAGAUGGGAAGCCUCGGCAAAUAUUGAAGAGAGGUACCUGUACCAGAAAUCGAAGUUGACCUGGAUGAAUGUAGGGGAUAAAAACACGAAGAUAUAUCAUCGGGCGGUUCAGGUCAGAGCUGCGAAGAAUGGGAUAAGGGAGCUUCAAGCUGAGGAUGGUACGAUAUCAACGGGGAGUCAGACUAUCAAGGAUUUAGCGGUCAAUCACUUUAACCAGUUUCUCAAUCAUGUUCUUGAGGAAAUCAGAGAAAUUCACUUGUCGGAGAUUUGUGAUUUGAUGGAGUUUCGAUGCACUUUAGAGGAUCAACGCAGUCUCACACAUGAAGUUACAGAAGCAGAGAUCAAAGGGGUUUUAUUUGCAAUGGCAACGAAUAAAUCGCCUGGGCCAGAUGGAUUUACUGUAGAAUUCUUUAAAGAUGCUUGGUCGGUCAUCAGAAAGGACCUUGUGGUGAGAAUACAGUCGUUUUUUACUAAGGGCUUCUUACCGAAAGAGCUUGUUUCUGGGUAUCAUUUGGAUUCAAUCUCCUCGAGGUGUGCACUUAAGAUAGAUGUGUCCAAAGCUUUCGAUUCAGUUCACUGGAAGUUCUUGUUGACAAUUUUGGAGGCGUUAAAUUUCCCCAUGGAGUUUGUUCAUUGGGUUCAUUUAUGUAUCACCACAGCAUCGUUUCAGUCCAAGUUAAUGAUAAAGCUGCGAAUCAAAGGAGAUUUUGAUUUCAUCCCAAGUGUUCUCGAUUACAGCUAA